UUGAACGAUACAAAUCGCGUGAGUGAUUUUUGCAUUUUUUAAAUAAAAUUUCAAACAUGCCCGGGGGUGUCGUAUUUCUUGUCUGCAUUCCCACCCUGAGCUAUGAACACGAACUUGUGUUCGGUGUGCCGCUGAAAUGUUCCAAGAAAAUCGAAAAGAACAAGAGUAAAAUCGCAGUAUCGCCUAAGGUGGAUCUACGUCUGAAAGAAGUGAAAACGCGCACAGAAUUGCUCUCGAUCAAUGAUGACGACGACGAAGACGACGACGUCGGUAUUAGGAAGCGCAUUCGUGGAUAUUCAGCGCGAUCGAAAACGCCAGUUUUCGUGUCGAUGGAAACGGUGCUGCAAGAGCUCCUCAAAAAGCUAAAAGUAGAACAUGUCGUAUGGUGCAAGGAUAAAGAGGAUAUGUAUUAUGAGGUGAUAUUUCCGGUCCCUGCUGGCGAACCCUGCGAAAAUUGCAUACAUUGUCUCACUGAGAUGGGUAUUGGUGUUAAAAUGAACUCGAUAGUAAGCGUAAUCCCGACACAAUGUACGUAUAGCGGUGCAGGAUUGCCGGCUGUCAAAGAUGACGUUGUUCGCAGGCGAAAGGAAUCGGAAGAGCAUAAGAAUGCUUGGAAUGCUUUCGUAGACUCUAUCAGAUCAAAAUUGACAGUGAAACAGGUGGUCGAUGGUGUUCGCAGCGGCGGUGAUCUUACUUUUGAUUACGUGCUACUAGUAUUAACUGCGGACUGUCUUGCUGCACUCGGCCUUAUCGAGAACAAUGCGCCUAACGUCGUUGCAGCUAUGCUAGUUUCUCCUCUUAUGGGACCUGUAAUGUCUCUGACCUUCGGGACUAUCAUAGCCGACAGAGAUCUGCAGGUGGUCGGCCUGAAGAGUUUGAUGCUCGGUAUUUUUCUAUCAAUUCUCUUCGGAUUUAUAUUCGGUCUUAUCCUCGGUACAACCGAGAUGCCUUGGGGUUACAAUGAUUGGCCAACCGAAGAAAUGAAGGGUAGGCACGUAUCGUUAAAAACAAUCAGUUGCAAUUUAUCAUGCAAUAACUGCAUUGCUGCAACUUUCAAUUAUAAUCGCCUCAAUUAUAAAUUUCAUUUAAAUAACGUUUUUUCCUGUAGAGGCAACUACAGAUCGCUUUGGAUGGGUGUUCUUUGGGCUCUUCCAUCUGGCACAGGUGUCGCAGUCGCUUUGAUGCAAGGUAGCAAUGGGCCAUUAAUUGGCGUCGCUAUAUCGGCUUCAUUAUUGCCACCAGUUGUUAACUGUGGUUUAUUUUGGGCUCUGGGAUGCAUAUGGCUCAUAUAUCGGCCUAUAAAAAUGCCCCACAUCAAAGGCGAAUCUUAUACGGAUUUUAAUAGCUCGUACACUUAUAUCUAUAGCAAUUACUUGCCCGUAGAAUUCUUUUGCAACGGCAUUAUCAGCGCGUGUCUGACGUUUAUCAACGUAAUAUGCAUCUUUAUUACGGCGAUAAUAGUCUUGAAGAUUAAAGAAGUGGCCGCACCGUAUACAUCCACGCCGGAAUUGCGCCGGUUUUGGGAGCAUGACAUCCGUUUGGUUCGCGAUAAGAAUAUCUCUUCCAGAGAUAACAGUUCCCUGGAUUCGAGUUUCUACGAUGGAUUGAGCAAAACUAAACAACGAGCGUUGGAACGCACAUUAAACGAAGCGGUCAGAGAAGCGAUGAAUGACGAGACUUUCCGAAAAGUACAAAGACUUAGUUACGGGCAACACGGACCGGAAGAGAUUGAAUCUCGAUUUGGUCUUCAGAAUCGAAGAAACGUAAAGAAAGGCGACAGUGUCGAGGAGAUAGUAAGCAGAGAUCUCCGCUCGCACAAAGGUUUAACUAAUUCUGGCAAUACGAGCGAAGACUUAGCCGCGUUGGACCGUUUAAUUACGUAUCUUCUGAGCCCAAAUAAUCCCCCUAAUAGCAAUUUAGAUUCGUGGAGACGUUCUCAUCGAGCUAGUUCACGAGGAUACAGACAGUUACGUGGCAAUGCUGCCGAUCUCGCCGAAACUGGUGAUGUUGGCACAACGCCUCUUUGAGCAUAAAUUAAUAUCUAAACAAAAAUCCCAAAACAUUGUAAAACUAGCAAUAUAAUAACAAGUUUUUAAUUUAAAAGCGAUAAAUAUAUAUAAAAAAGCGAUAAAUAAAUUCUCUGUAAAAUACAACCUGUAAACAAGGAUGCAAUACAUAUAAAUGCUGAUAUAACACACUUUUUAUUAAAUAUAUGACAGAUUAUUUUAAUAUCUGUAUCACAAUGUACACAACGU